AUGUCAGCUUCUGCUGCGAAACCUUCCUCCGCUGAAGCUGGCGGUGACAACUCCGCAUCUUCAUCGUCCUCCUUGUUAUGGCUUUUUCUCCUCCUCUAGUAGACUCAGCAUGUAGAGGAUGCUCAUCCUCAUACUCUUGCGAAUGAAGUUGAAGACAAACGUUGUACGAACUAAGUGCAUUGUCAGUGGAAGUACCCCGCUUACGUAUCUAUCAGUUUUCAUAUCUGUGCAAAUGCAUGACAAUAACUCAGUCUCAGGCACACGCUCAGGUGCUCUUCGUGAAAUUCUCUGUCUAAUUCCCCAACCAGACGGCAGGCAUCCGUAUGAGUGCUUUGCUCACUUUCGGAAGCACAAGCGCUUCGGAAUGCUUGACCCGGUGAAGAAGGACAUGCCGGCUCCGUGGGCGCCUUACACGAAAGCCCUAAUAGACCGGAAUGAUCGAGCGAUGGCACAAGUAACCUCUAAAGACGCGGAUGGCACUAGCUACGUGUCCCCAGAAGGCAAGACGCUCACAGCGGGAGAAUACUUAUGUUGAUUUAGAUUCAUUGUGAUUGUUUUCAAUCUUAUCAUGUUCCUGACCGUGCCUCGGAGUGGAAACCCUCCUCCAACUGCAAACUCACAUUUUGGUGGCAAUUCGUACUGAUGAAUAUGAUUAUGAAGCUCAGUUUAUUUAUAUGUUUGACUUUCAUUUUCCUUUCUUCAUCCUUUUGGAGGCAGAAGAAAUUCGACGAAAAUAUGUACAAGCUGGAGGCCGACAGCUAUGAAUAUGCGAAGGAAUUGUACAGUCUAGAGCUACAACGACUUGGAAGAGGACAUGACACUAUGGAUGGCGGUGCUCUCUGGAUUGGCAGGAUUCUCAUAUGCGACGAGACGGUACUACUACUAUGUAUACAUAUUGCUACUUCUGGCAAUUUUUCGCGUCUCCUGUUUGAUGUUUCCGUAGGCGUAGGAUGAAGAUCUGAAUGAAAUAUGGGACAUCAGAUAACGGAGUGACAUCAAAACGAAUUCGGUAACUUUGUACAUGAGAGGACCACGCUUUCUCUAGUCCUUCUUUCUGCUUUUCCUAAAAAAUAUAACAUGGAAAAAUGAAAAUGAUCAACCAGGUAUGGCUCGCUUUGUGGGCCCGUGCUACACAGAGGUUUAAGAUUGUUCUAGAUACGUUGAGGCAACGAGGGGUCUACGUGGACACGAAGAUGGAGUACCGACCACCAGUGAUACUUCCCAGACCCUACAUGCAACUUGCAUUGAAUUAUGGUGAUAGAGAUAAAGCAAAGUGGAUUACCUUGGUCAACAUUAUCGUUUUUAGUACAUGCAGCUCCAGCUUUCAUGUUCUUCUAUCUUCUUAUCUGAAUUUCUAUGUUGAAGAUCAUGUCGGAGUAAAUAAUACACCACACUGCUGAAAUCGAAAUAGAGGACGACCACCUGCUUAACGACGAUAUUAGUUGUCUUCCUUCCUUGACGACCAUGGGCAUGCUUCACUCUAAUCAAGCCAUACGGAGCGACCUGAGGUUUUGAAGGAGCUCUUGUCUUUUUCGCUUAACGGUAUGCCUAUACACGUCGUAGACCUGCGGGGAAGUGGUAUAGAGGACCGUUCAGCCGCCGAACUACUAAAGAACACACAAGAGAGCACAUCGUGAUUCAAUGUCACGUGAAUGUGGAGGUUGUAAAACUAAAAGGUCGUCCUUGACUUGUGAUGUUGAGCUCGUUGUACUAUUUUUGCAAAACGUAGUUGUAGAAGUAGUAGCUCGAUAUGGCAUCUUCUCCUCGUCCUCAGUUGCGUGUAGUUUGAGGCGCGUCGUAAUGAGUUAAGGGGGCCAGCUGUGCUGUCAUACGGAACGCUGACCAUGUAUGUCAGAACGGCAACGAGGAUAGAAUUUCGGCCAACCUACACCUGAUUGCGGUGAUGAAGUGCUGCACAGUCAAGAAACAAGGAUUGUAGGUUCGCACGGAGCCGC